GCGAGCGCGCGAGAGAAAUAUGCAUCCUGGUGAAUCGUGAUUGAGCUUAGAAGCCCAGGGACACACGUCUUCAGGUUUGCUCAGGGUUCACACUUGGUGCUUAGACAUUCAAAAUGAGGAAACACCGGCAUCUGCCCCUAGUGGCUGUCUUUAGCCUUCUCCUCUCUGGCAUCGCCAUGACUCGUGCCCAACAACAAUCAGCACAAGACUCAGCUGACAUUAUUUUCCUUAUUGAUGGAUCACAGAACACCGGAAAGGCCAAUUUCGAUGUCAUUCGAGACUUCCUUGUAAAUGUCCUUGAGAGACUCUCAGUUGGAAAUCAGCAGGUCCGAGUGGGGGUGGUACAGUAUAGUGACGAGCCCAGAACCAUGUUCUCCUUGGAUAGCUACCCCUCCAAGGCUGCAGUUCUGGAUGCUGUCAAAAGGCUCAGCUUUGCUGGCGGGGAGUUGGCCAAUAUAGGCCAGGCCCUUGACUUUGUAGUAGAGAAUCACUUCACUCGGACAGGUGGCAGCCGUGUGGAGGAAGGGGUCCCCCAGGUGCUGGUCCUCAUAAGUGCUGGGCCUUCUAGUGAUGAGAUUCGAGAUGCAGUGGUAGCUCUGAAGCAGGGUAGUGUGUUCUCAUUUGGCCUCGGAGCCCAGGCUGCCUCCAGGGUAGAGCUUCAGCACAUAGCUACCGAUGACAGCUUGGUGUUUACUGUCCCGGAAUUCCGUAGCUUUGGGGACCUCCAGGAGCAAUUACUGCCAUACCUUGUUGGUGUGGCCCAAAGGCACAUUGUCUUGCAACAACCAGCUAUUGUCACACAAGUCAUGGAAGUCAACAAGAGGGACAUAGUCUUCCUGGUGGAUGGUUCCUCCAGCCUGGGACAGGCUAACUUCAAUGCCAUCCGAGACUUCAUUAGCAGAGUCAUCCAGAGGCUGGAAAUUGGUCAGGACCUGGUUCAGGUAUCAGUGGCUCAGUAUGCAGACACCGUCAAGCCCGAGUUCUAUUUAAAUACCUACUCUACCAAGAAGGAUGCUAUAACCACUGUGCGGAAGAUGAAGGCCCUGGAAGGCUCAGCCCUGUACACGGGGUCUGCUCUGGACUUCGUUCGAAACAACCUCUUCACUAGCUCAGCCGGCCACAGGGCCGCUGAGGGGGUUCCGAAGCUCCUGGUGCUAAUCACAGGCGGUAAGUCACAGGAUGACAUCAGCCAGGCCGCCCAGGAGCUGCAGAAAGGCAGCAUCAUGGCCUUGGUCGUUGGCAGCAGGGCCGCCGAUGAAGACGAGCUGAACGAGAUCGCUUUCGACUCCUCCCUGGUCUUCAUUCCUGCUGAGUUCCGCCCUGCUCCCUUACAAAGCAUGCUGCCCAGCCUGAUGGCACCCCUCAGGACCCUCACCGGAACUACAGAAGUUCACGUAAACAAACGGGAUAUCAUCUUCCUUUUGGAUGGCUCUGACAACGUUGGGAAAAACAAUUUUCCUUAUGUGCGUGACUUUGUAACCAACCUAGUUAACAGCCUCGAUGUUGGAAGUGACAAUAUCCGUGUUGGCUUGGUGCAAUUUAGUGACACUCCGGUCACGGAGUUCUCUCUAGACACGUAUCAGACCAAGUCAGAGCUGCUCGCUCACCUGAGGCGCUUGCAGCUCAAGGGGGGCUCCAGCUUGAAUGCAGGCUCUGCCUUGAGCUAUGUCCAUGCCAAUCACUUCACGGAGGCAGGCGGCAGCAGGAUUCGUGAACAUGUACCUCAGUUGCUGCUCUUGCUCAUGGCCGGGCCUUCUGAGGAUGUCUAUUUGCAAGCUGCCAAUGCCCUGGUGCGCUCAGGGGUGCUGACCUUCUGUGUGGGGACCAAUCAGGCGGAUAAGGCUGAGUUAGAGCGUAUUGCUUUUAACCCCAGCCUGGUAUACCUCAUGGAUGAUUUCAGCGCCCUGCCAGCUUUGCCUCAACAGCUGAUUCAACCCCUAACCACAUAUGUUAGUGGAGAUGUACAGGAAGUUCCACUGUCCCAGCCAGAGGUCAAGCGGGACAUUCUUUUCCUCUUUGAUGGCUCAGUCAAUGUCAUGGGCCAGUUCCCUGCUGUCAGAGACUUUCUCUACAGGAUCAUUGAGGAGCUCGAUGUGAAGCCAGAUGGGACCCGGGUAGCAAUAGCGCAGUUCAGCGAUGACGUCAGGGUGGAGUCCCGUUUCAAUGAGCACCAGACGAAGGCUGAAAUCCUUAACCUCGUGAAGAAGAUGAAGUUAAAGACAGGCAAAGGUCUCAACCUGGGCUUGGCCCUGGAUCACGCCCUUCGGACCAUCUUCGUGAGGUCGGCUGGCAGCCGCAUCGAGGACAACGCGCAGCAGUUCCUGGUGCUCCUGGUGGCUGGAAGGUCGACAGAUGCUGUGGCCGAGCCUGCAAGCUCUCUGAAGCAGAGAGGGGUGAUACCUUUCAUUUUCCAAGCCAAGAACGCAAAUCCCAGUGAGCUGGAGCAGAUUGUGCCAUCCCCCGCAUUCAUCCUGGCUGCAGAGUCACUCCCUAAGAUCGGGGACCUCCUGCCAGAGAUUGUGGGCCUUCUGAAGACUAAACAGACUUCAGACUCUGUAUCAGGUGAAAAGGAUGUGGUGUUUCUGAUUGAUGGCUCCGAGGGGGUCCGGAGUGGCUUCCCCCUGCUAAAGGAGUUUGUGCAGAGGGUCGUGGAGAGCCUGGAUGUGGGUCCCAACCAGGUGCGUGUGGCACUGGUGCAGUACAGUGACCGGACCAGGCCGGAGUUCUAUCUGAAUUCCCACAUGGACCAGCAGGGUGUCAUCAGCGCCAUUCGCAGACUGACACUGCUGGGCGGCCCAACCCCCAACACAGGGGCAGCACUGGACUUUGUGCUAAGGAAUAUCCUGACCAGUUCUACUGGGAGCAGGAUAGAAGAAGGUGUUCCUCAGCUCCUGAUCGUCCUCACGGCGGAGCGGUCAGGGGAUGAUGUGAGAGGCCCCUCGGUGGUCCUGAAGAAGGGAGGGGCUGUGCCCAUUGGUAUUGGCAUUGGAAAUGCUGACAUCUCUGAAAUGCAGACCAUCUCCUUCAUCCCCGACUUCGCUGUGGCCAUCCCCACAUUCCGGGAGCUUGGGACAAUACAGCAGGUUAUCUCUGAGAGGGUGAUCCAGCUUAAUCGUGAACAGCUGAGCAGUUUGACACCUGUUUUGAUACCCUCACCAAGUGCAGGUCCUGGUAACAAGAAAGACGUGGUCUUUCUCAUCGAUGGAUCCCAAAACGCUGGCGCAGAGUUCCAGCACAUCCGUACCCUGAUUGAGAGGCUAGUCGAGUACCUGGACAUAGGCUUCGACACCACCCGGGUAGCCGUCAUCCAGUUCAGUGAGGACACCAAGAUGGAGUUUCCUCUGAACGCCCACUUCAGCAAGGACGAAGUACAGAACGCUGUGCGCAGGCUGCGGCCCAAGGGUGGAAGGCAAGUCUACAUUGGAAACGCCCUGGAGUAUGUGCUGAAGAACAUCUUCCAGAGACCGCUUGGGAGCCGGAUAGAAGAGGGUGUCCCACAGUUCCUAGUCCUCAUUUCGUCUGGGAAGUCUGCCGAUGAGGUGGACGACUCAGCUGUGGAACUCAAGCAGUUUGGCGUGGCCCCUCUCACCGUAGCCAGACACACAGACCAGGAAGAGCUGGUGAAGAUCUCCCUGAGUCCUGAGUACGUGUUCUCCGUGAGCACCUUCAGGGAGCUGCCCAGACUGGAGCAGAGGCUGCUGACGCCCAUCACCACUCUAACCUCACAGCAGAUCCAGCAGAUCCUGGCCAGUACGCGAUAUCCCCCUUCAGUGGCUGAAAGUGAUGCUGCGGACAUCGUCUUUCUGAUCGACAGCUCCGAUGCCGUGAAGCCUGACGGUAUUGCUCAUAUCCGUGACUUUGUCAGCAGGAUUGUCCGCAGACUCAACAUCGGCCCCAAUAAAGUGAGGAUUGGGGUCGUGCAGUUCAGCAACGAUGUCUUCCCUGAGUUCUACCUGAAGACCCACAAGUCACAGAACAGUGUGCUUGAAGCCAUCCGGCGUCUGAGGUUCAAAGGGGGGUCUCCCCUGAACACUGGCAGAGCCCUGGAGUUUGUGGCAAGAAACCUCUUUGUGAAGUCUGCUGGGAGCCGGAUAGAAGAUGGGGUCCCUCAACACCUGGUCUUGUUCCUGGGUGGGAAGUCUCAGGACGAUGUGUCUAGGCAUGCCCAAGUCAUAAGCUCCUCGGGGAUCAUGAGUUUAGGAAUAGGAGACCGGAACAUCGAUAGGACAGACUUGCAAACCAUCACCAACGACCCCAGGCUGGUCUUCACAGUUCGGGAAUUCAGAGAGCUUCCCAACAUAGAAGAGAGGGUCAUGCUUUCCUUUGGACCCUCUGGACCUACCCCUCAGCCUCCUGAUGUAGAAUUCCCUUCUCCCCGGCCAGAGAAGAAGAAGGCCGACAUCGUGUUCCUGCUGGAUGGUUCCAUCAACUUUAGGAGGGACAGUUUCCAGGAAGUGCUCCGUUUUGCAUCUGAAAUUGUGGACACGGUCUACGAAGAUGGUGAUUCCAUCAGAGUGGGGCUGGUCCAGUACAACUCAGACCCCACGGAUGAAUUCUUCCUGAGGGACUUUUCUACCAAAAGGCAGAUUAUCGAUGCCAUCAACAAGGUCAUCUACAAAGGAGGGAGGCACGCCAACACGAGGGUGGGCAUUGAGCACCUGCUGAAGAAUCACUUCGUGUCUGAGGCUGGGAGCCGCGUGGACGAGCGGGUCCCUCAGAUCGCCUUCGUGAUCACGGGAGGAAAGUCAGUGGAGGACGCUCAGGGUGUAAGCCUGGCUCUCACCCAGAAAGGUGUCAAGGUAUUUGCUGUCGGCGUGAGGAACAUCGACUCUGAGGAGGUGGGGAAGAUAGCCUCCAACAGUGCCACAGCCUUCCGGGUGGGUAGCGUACAGGAGCUGUCGGAACUGAGUGAGACGGUGCUCGAGACUCUGCACGACGCGAUGCACGAGACCCUCUGUCCUGGUGUGACCGAUGUUUCCAAAGCCUGUAAUCUGGAAGUCAUUCUGGGGUUCGAUGGAUCUCGAGAUCAGAACGUGUUUGUGAGUCAGAAGGGUCUUGAGUCCAAGGUGGACACCAUCUUGAAUAGAAUCAGCCAGAUACAAAGGAUCAGCUGCAGCAGUAACCAGCUGCCCACUGUGCGGGUGUCUGUGGUGGCCAACACGCCCUCUGGGCCAGUGGAAGCCUUUGACUUUGCCGAGUAUCAGCCAGACCUGUUCGAGAAGUUCCGUAACAUGCGCAGCCAGCACCCAUAUGUCCUCACCGCUGACACGCUGAAGCUGUACCAGAACAAAUUCAGGCAAUCGUCACCUGACACUGUGAAGGUAGUCAUUCACUUCACGGAUGGAGCAGAUGGAGACAUGGCCGACUUAUACCAAGCAUCUGAGGAACUCCGGCAAGCAGGUGUCCAAGCCCUGAUCCUGGUGGGUCUUGAACGUGUGGCUAACCUGGAGCGGCUGAUGCAACUGGAGUUCGGGCGGGGCUUCAUGUACGACAGGCCCCUGAGGCUCAACUUGCUUGACUUAGACUACGAAUUGGCGGAGCAGCUUGACAAUAUUGCUGAGAAAGCUUGCUGUGGGGUUCCAUGCAAGUGCUCUGGAGAGAGGGGAGACAGAGGGCCCAUCGGCAGCAUUGGACCAAAGGGUAUAUCCGGGGAAGAUGGCUACCGAGGCUAUCCAGGCGAUGAAGGUGGACCCGGUGAGCGAGGUCCCCCGGGUGUGAAUGGCACACAAGGUUUCCAGGGCUGCCCCGGCCAGAGAGGAGUGAAGGGUUCUCGAGGAUUCCCAGGCGAGAAGGGUGAAUUGGGAGAAAUUGGCUUGGACGGUCUGGAUGGUGAAGAGGGAGACAAGGGGCUGCCUGGUUCAUCUGGCGAAAAGGGGAGUCCUGGAAGAAGGGGUGACAAAGGACCCAAAGGAGACAAAGGCGAGAGAGGAGAUGUGGGGAUUCGAGGUGACCCGGGUGACUCAGGACGGGACAGCCAGCAGAGAGGACCCAAAGGAGAGACGGGCGACAUUGGCCCCAUGGGUCUCCCAGGCAGAGAUGGUAUCCCCGGCAGUCCAGGAGACCCUGGGAAAGACGGUGGCUUUGGCCGAAGGGGGCCUGCAGGAGCUAAGGGCAACAGAGGCGGUCCUGGCCAGCCAGGCUUUGAAGGAGAACAGGGUACCAGAGGUUCACAGGGCCCACCUGGUCCCACUGGUCCCCCAGGCCUGAUUGGGGAACAAGGAAUUCCCGGACCUCGGGGAGGCGGAGGUACGGCUGGGGCUCCUGGAGAACGUGGAAGAACUGGUCCGCUGGGGAGGAAGGGUGAGCCAGGAGAGCCAGGGCCGAAGGGAGGCACUGGAAACCGUGGACCUCGCGGGGAGACGGGAGAUGACGGGAGAGAUGGGGUUGGCAGUGAAGGACGCAGAGGAAAAAAAGGAGAGAGAGGCUUCCCUGGGUAUCCUGGACCAAAGGGUACCCCUGGUGAGCCAGGGGCAGAUGGACCACCAGGACCCAAAGGCAUCAGAGGUCGAAGGGGAAAUUCAGGACCUCCAGGAGUAGUUGGGCAGAAGGGAGACCCUGGCUACCCAGGACCAUCUGGUCACAGGGGCAACCGAGGAGACUCCGUUGAUCAAUGUGCCCUCAUCCAAAGCAUCAGAGACAAAUGCCCUUGCUGCUAUGGGCCCCUGGAGUGCCCUGUAUUCCCAACAGAACUUGCCUUUGCCCUGGAUACCUCUGGGGGGGUAACUCAGGAUACCUUCAGCCGGAUGCGAGAAGUGCUUCUGAGCAUUGUGGGAGAUCUGACCAUUGCAGAGAGCAACUGUCCGAGAGGUGCCCGAGUGGCUGUGGUCACCUAUAACAAUGAGGUGACCACAGAGAUCCGGUUUGCUGACUCCAAGAAGAAGUCUGCCCUCUUAGACAGUAUUCAGAAUCUCCAAGUGGCCUUGACAUCUAAGCAACCAAGCCUGGAGACCGCAAUGUCAUUCGUGGCCAGGAAUACCUUCAAACGUGUGAGGAAUGGAUUCCUGAUGAGGAAAGUGGCCAUUUUCUUCAGCAAUCAGCCCACAAAACCAUCCCCUCAGCUCCGAGAGGCUGUGCUCAAGCUUUCAGAUGCAGGGAUCACACCUUUGUUCCUUAUAAGCCAGGAGGACCGAGAGCUCACCAAUGCCUUGCAGAUCAAUAACACAGCCGUAGGACAUGCCCUGGUUCUGCCUGCAAGGAGGGAUCUCAGAGACUUCCUGAAGAACGUCCUCACCUGCCACGUUUGCUUGGACAUUUGCAAUAUUGACCCAUCUUGUGGAUUCGGCAACUGGAGGCCUUCCUUCAGGGACCGGAGGGCAGCAGGCAGCGAUGUGGACAUAGACUUGGCUUUCAUCUUGGACAGUUCAGAGGCUACCACUCUGUUCCAGUUCAACGAGAUGAAGAAGUACAUAAGCUAUAUGGUCAGACAGCUGGACCUGAGCCCAGACCCCAAGGCUUCCCAGCACUUUGCCAGGGUGGCUGUUGUGCAGCAGGCCACCUAUGAGUCCGUGGACAACACCAGCGUGCCGCCUGUGAAGGUGGAGUUCUCACUGACAGACUAUGGUGCCAAGGAAAAGCUGCUAGACUUCCUUAGCCGGAGGAUGACCCAACUUCAGGGAACCAUGGACCUGGGCAAUGCCAUUGAAUACACUAUAGAGAACAUCUUUGAAAGUGCUCCAAACCCACGGGACCUCAAAAUUGUGGUGCUGAUGCUGACCGGGGAGAUACCGAGGCAGCAGCUGGAGGAGGCCCAGAGAGCCAUCCUCCAGGCCAAGUGCAAGGGUUACUUCUUCGUGGUUCUGGGCAUUGGCAGGAAGGUGAACGUCAAGGAGGUCUACAGUUUUGCCAGUGAGCCCAAUGAUGUCUUCUUCAAAUUCAUGGACAAAUCAACUGAGCUCAACGAGGAGCCUCUGAUGCGCUUUGGAAGGCUGCUCCCGUCCUUUGUCGGCAGUGGAAAUGCAUUUUACCUGCCUCCAGAUCUCAGGAAGCAGUGUGAUUGGUUCCAAGGGGACCAACCAGUGAAGAAUGGCGUGAAGUUUGGUCACAGACAGAUAAACACUCCACAUACUGUUAAUUUGAGUCUUACAUCCAAAGUUGUGACCACAAUGAAGCCAGUGACAACAACCAAACCAACAUCAAUUGUAAAUCUGCCACCUGCCAAGCCAGCCCCAGCUAGGCCAGCCCCUGCCCAGCCAGUUCCUGCUAAGCCAGACCCUGCCAAACCAGCUUCUGCUAAGUCAGUGCCUCCUCAGCCAGUCCAUGCUCAGCCAGCCCCUGCUCAACCAGUCCACGUUCAAUCAGCCUCAGCUCAGACAGCUUCUGCUAAACCAGUCCCUGCUAAGCCAGUCCCUCCUCAGACAGCUGCUGCUAAGCCAGCCCCUCCUCAGACAGCUGCUGCUAAGCCAGCCCCUCCUCAGACAGCUGCUGCUAAACCAGUCCCUGUUAAGCCAGCCCCUGCUCAACCAGUCCACGUUCAACCAGCCUCAGCUCAGACAGCUUCUGCUAAACCAGUCCCUGCUAAGCCAGCCCCUCCUCAGACAGCUGCUGCUAAACCAGUCCCUGUUAAGCCAGCAGUCCCUGCUCAGCCAGCCCCUGCUCAACCAGUGCAUGCUCAGCCAGCCCCAGCUCAGCCAGUCCUUACUAAACCAGUCGCUGCUGCGAAGCCAGCCUCUGCCAACAAGCCUGUGGCAGCCAAACCUGUGGCCACAAACACAGCCACAGUCAGACCUGCAUCAGCAGCGAAGCCAGCAGCAGCAUCAAAGCCCGCAGCAACGAGACCCCUCCCUGCUGCUGUAAGGCCAGUUGCUACGAAGCCAGAGGCCCCCAGGCCACAGGCCAAACCAGCUGCCACCAAGCCAGCCACUACUAAGCCCAUGGCGAGAGUGUCCCGAGAAGUUCAGGUCUCUGAAGUCACCGAAAACAGUGCCAGACUCCACUGGGAGCGGCCUGAACCUUCCAGUUCCUAUUUUUAUGACCUCACUGUAACCUCGGCCCAUGACCAGUCCUUGGUUCUGAGACAAAACCUCACUGUCACUGACCGUGUCAUCGGAGGCCUGCUGGCUGGACAGCUGUACCAUGUUGUAGUGGUCUCCUACCUGCAGUCUCAAGUCAGAGCCAUCUACCAAGGGAGUUUCAAUACGAAGAAAACUCAGCCUCCAGUUCUUCAGGCAGCACACCGAGCAUCUAGUUCAACCAUUAACCUGAUGGUGAACACAGAGCCACUGUUUCUCACUAAAACAGAUAUCUGUAAGCUGCCCAAAGAUGCUGGGACUUGUGAGGACUUCAAAUUACUAUGGCACUAUGACUUAGAGAGCAAAAGUUGCAAGAGAUUCUGGUAUGGAGGCUGCGGGGGCAACGAGAACAGAUUCCACUCACAGGAAGAAUGUGAAAAGAUGUGUAGUCCUGAGUUAUCAGUCUGACGAGAUCCUAAGCAAGGCCUUCGGGCAACACGUACCUCUGGGAGAAGGAGGAGGCAGCCAUUUCUCACUCGGUUUUUAUAGAAGCUCUGGGUAGAUGCCCCAGCACGGUGCCUUUUCAUGCUUUGAUUGACACUCAACCUCGGGAGGAAACCCUCUGCACAUGACCUGUCGAUAUGGUGCUAAACGUGUCUGUGGACCCUGCUCUCCGUCUCCAGGCAGUUCUACCGUAUACUUGGACCAUUGUGUAGUAGCUAGCCACUGCUGGUGUUUAUGUGAACAUUCCUAUGAAUUCACAUUCCCUCUGGAGUUCCAUGCUACCCCCGUGCCAGGCAAACCCCGUGUCUAGAACAUAGCCUUGACCUCACAGCUACUCUGUACAUUUCUGCUUGGUUCAUUCCUCUGUAGUUGCAUGGCUUAGAUGGAGAAACAAAAGUCUAACCUUCUCAUGGCCCCAGUUUCCUGGAUUAGACUUUGAUGCAAUAUUCUUCUAAGUCCUCUGACAAAUGAUCUAAUUAAAAGAAAUCAGACCCCUUUCCUGUGCACGUCGCUGGGACAAAUGCCUCCAUUAAAGAAUUCAAGGAAAGUCGUAAUGGAGAAUCUUUUUGGUGGUCCUCUAAGGUGGAUUAUUUUUCAAUGCUGUUGUCUUGGAGCUUGGAGGUGGGAUUCAAUGUUUAAAAAUUUUUAGGAAAUUUAUACAAAGAAACUUUUAAAUAAAGUAUAUUGAAUGUGUCAUGA